CAGUUGUUACAUAAAACAGUAAAUGGUGUUGGCUUAUGUCUCUUUUAUUUUUGUUUGUUACUUACUUGGUUUUAACUGUUAAUUUGGUUGCCAGUUGAAAUGUUUCAAUCAUCGUUUAUGGCAAUUUCGGAGGUGUACAAACUACAAAGUUGAGAGCUUUAUUCCACAGGCAAAACAUUUCCUGGGAUUUUUGGGAAAAAACCCAUUCUGGGUUUUCCCAUAAACCGCAUAGUCAUUGCUUUUGUUUACUCUGUUUGUGGGUCUUGGCUAAUCUAACUUCCUCUUUGCAAUUGCUUCAAGUAUCUCUAAUAUAGUAAAUUAAUCAUUUUUGGUUCUUUUGUUUACUUAAAAAGAAAGAUUUUUUUUUUCCUCUUUACCAUCAAUGGGGGAGCUGUGAGAUUUGGUGCUUUAUGGGAUGGGUUCGGUGGUGCCAGCCAUUCUUCAGCUGGUGAAACUUUGUACCAUUGUCCUUGUUUGUACUGUCCAAGGAUCUACAGGACAGAAUAUCUCCCCAUCUCCAGCAACUUUUUCUGAGAUUCCUCCUACAGAACGACUACCUGCACCCACAAAAAGCAAUGUGCCAAGCUCAAUAUCUCGACCAAAUGGGUCAGUUUUGCACCCUCCCCUUGCAUCACCGCCUGCCAUUCUUGCGCCAUUGCGUCAGGAAAUAAGAGGGCUUGUACCAUCCUAUCCACCCAGCAAUCCAGUAGCAAGGGCACCAGAUAAUACAGCUCAACCACCAUUAAUUUUUGAAGGACAUAUGCCACCCUUGUCACCAAAUGUUCCAGUUGUAUCUUCACCAUAUAACACAGUACCUCCCCCCUCGACUGCUGAAGGAAAUGAACAACCUGUGCCACCAAAUGCUUCUCAGAGAAAUGAAACAAUUGCACAGCCUUCUGCAUCUGUUCCAGAUACAGCUCCUUCAAAGAAUUUGCCGCAUAAGUCACCAGUUGUCCACCCGAGUACACCUGAAACUUCACCAGUUAUCAACUCAAGCGCACCUGAAAUUUCACCAAUCAUCCAUCCAAGGGCUCCUGAAAUUUCACCAUAUAACACAGUACCUCCCCCCUUGACUGCUGAAGGAAAUGAACAACCUGUGCCACCAAAUGCUUCUCAGAGAAAUGAAACAAUUGCACAGCCUUCUGCAUCUGUUCCAGAUACAGCUCCUUCAAAGAAUUUGCCGCAUAAGUCACCAGUUGUCCACCCGAGUACACCUGAAACUUCACCAGUUAUCAACUCAAGCGCACCUGAAAUUUCACCAAUCAUCCAUCCAAGGGCUCCUGAAAUUUCACCUGAUAAUCAUCCUAGAAACAGAUCAUUUAGUAGUGCUCCUACACCAAAGUCUAUUGUACCAGCUGCAUCUCCACCAAGGAAAUUGGGAGGAAGCCAGCCAUCUGUUCAACCCAUUGCACCACCAGCAAUAAUUCCACCUGUAUCACCGGGUUCUGUUGUAUAUCAUGGAUUGACUCCAUCCCCAAGUACUGACUGGAAAAAAGAUGGAAUUCCUGUUGCUGCACCACCAGAUAAAGCAACUGGGGUCUUACCUCCUCUAAGCCAUUCACCAACAAAAGGUUCUUUUUCUGCUGUAGCUCCCUCCACACACCAAGAAAUGAGGCACUAUAAUGAUGCUCCUGUUCCAUCCUUGUCAUCUCCUCCUAAAUCUCCUCUGAAGACAGAGCCCCUCUCUCCUGCAUCUUCACUUUCUAUCCCUUUGCAUAAGCAGCACCAUGAAAGGACCAAAAUCAAUAGCCCUGCUCCUACACUAUCUCCUUCCUCAUCAAAACACCUAGGUCCAGUAAUCUCUCCGUCGUUUGUUCCACCGAGCAGGCAAACACGCUAUGCUCCUACACCCCUGAGUCCAGAAUCUUCAGCUUCUGCAUCACAUUACCCUGUUCAUAAACCAGUGACGGUUGACUCACCUGCUCCUUCACCAUCUCCAACAGUAGCAUCUGGCUGGACCAAAAUGCCUAUUGUUCCCCCUAAAGUUUCUCCAUCUGGAUCUUUGUCAAAGAGUCCACAAAUGCCCCUUCCGCCACACAUUCAAGCAUUGCCACCUCCACCUCCUAAUGAAGAUUGUGCAGCAACUGUUUGCAUGGAUCCAUACACAAAUACCCCACCUGGGUCGCCAUGUGGCUGUGUCUUGCCUAUGCAAGUUGGACUGCGCCUUAGUGUUGCACUAUAUACCUUUUUCCCUCUGGUUUCAGAGCUUGCUCAAGAAAUUGCUGCUGGUGUUUUCAUGAAACAAAGUCAAGUUCGAAUCAUGGGUGCUAAUGCUGCUAGCCAGCAACCAGAGAAGACCAUUGUCCUCAUUGACUUGGUUCCCCUUGGAGAAAGAUUUGACAACACAACUGCCUUUUUGACUUAUCAGAGAUUCUGGCAUAAACAAGUAGUAAUAAAAGCUUCGGAUUUUGGUGAUUAUGAAGUAUUAUAUGUGCGGUAUCCAGGUUUACCCCCAUCUCCGCCUUCAGCGCCUUCUGACAUUUCUAUAAUAGAUGACGGGCCAUAUUCUGGCAGCAAUGCAAGGAAAAUAAAACCUCUUGGGGUUGAUGUACAGAAAAGGCAACAAAAAGAUGGGCUCAGUGGUGGCAUGAUUGCUAUUAUUGCCCUAUCAGCUUCUGUAGCACUAGUUUUAUGCUCUGCUGUUGCAUGGGUUUUGCUGGUUAGGCAUAGAGGACGCAUGAGUCAACCAACACGAACUCUACAGCCUUUGCCACCUUCCAUUGCAAAGCCAUCAGGAACUACUGGGUCGUUGGUUGGAAGUGGUAUCAGUUCUACUUCCUUGUCAUUUGGAUCUAGCAUUGCACCUUAUGCAGGAUCAGCUAAGACCUUCAAUACAAGUGACAUAGAAAGAGCUACAAAUAACUUUUCUGCUUCUAGAAUACUUGGGGAAGGUGGCUUUGGGCGUGUUUACAGUGGUAUCCUUGAAGAUGGGACCAAAGUGGCAGUUAAAGUACUGAAGAGAGAUGAUCAUCAAGGUGGUCGAGAAUUCUUAGCAGAGGUAGAAAUGCUUAGCCGUCUUCAUCACAGAAAUCUGGUCAAGUUGAUUGGAAUAUGCAUAGAGGAUCGUGCGCGCUGUUUGGUAUAUGAACUCAUGCCAAAUGGCAGUGUGGAGUCUCAUUUACAUGGGACUGAUAAAGAGUCUGCUCCACUUGAUUGGGAUGCACGGAUCAAAAUAGCACUUGGUGCAGCUCGAGGUCUAGCUUAUCUACAUGAGGAUUCGAGUCCUCGUGUCAUACACAGGGAUUUCAAGUCUAGCAACAUCUUGUUGGAACAUGAUUUCACACCAAAAGUUUCUGACUUUGGUUUGGCUCGAACUGCCAUGGAUGAGGAGAACAGACACAUAUCAACCCGUGUAAUGGGAACUUUUGGGUAUGUGGCUCCAGAAUAUGCAAUGACUGGCCAUCUUCUUGUAAAAAGUGAUGUAUAUAGCUAUGGUGUAGUCCUUCUGGAGCUCUUAACUGGAAGAAAACCAGUGGACAUGUCACAGCCACCUGGACAGGAGAAUUUAGUUGCCUGGGCUCGUCCGCUUUUAACUAGUAAAGAUGGGCUGGAAACAAUUAUUGACCCAUGUCUAGGACCUGAUGUCCCUUUUGACAGUGUAGCCAAAGUAGCAGCAAUUGCUUCAAUGUGUGUGCAACCGGAGGUAUCACACCGUCCCUUUAUGGGUGAGGUUGUACAGGCCUUGAAGCUAGUAUGUAAUGAAUGUGACGAGGCAAAAGAAGUAGGUUCAAGAAGUUCCAGCCGGGAUUUUUCUGUUGAUAUGGAUGCUGCAGUCAGUGCAGGCUCAGGACAGCAGCCAGAUCCCUUCCAAAACCAAACCUUAGUACCUGAUUAUGAUUCUGAGCCAGACAUAGAGAGAGGAUUGUCAAUGACAGGUUUGUUCAGUACAUCGGUCAGGUAUGGGAGGCAAGCAUCCGGAUCAUUCAGGAGGUACUCUAGUUCGGGUCCAUUGAGAACUGGGAGAGGCAGACAGUUAUGGCAGAGAAUGAGGAGUUUAGCAGGAGAAAGUGUUAGUGAACACAGGGUUAUCUUCAGACGAUGGCCAGGUUCACAUUGAAAAUUAGAACAUUUUUGUAAAUACUGACAUCCAAUUUUUGAAUAUCAAAAAUCAAAUUCUUAAUUUCAAGCAUGGAUUUAGUCCACCGCAGCACGGAUACAAGAAAACAAAGUCUUGCAGGAGCCUCAAGCAGUGAAAUAAAUGAAGUUAACAACUGGGGUUGCAGGAAUAUGAAGCUCACUCCAGUAGAUUCAAAAGACUUAACGGAGCAUCAAACUGUUGAAUUAUGCAGAAUAUUGCAGAAUAUUGAACAUCAGUUUCUGUCCUAGAUUGAAAUUACUUUCAGAGUAGAGGUAAUGAAACAAUGAGAUGGUAAAACCUUGAAGCAGCUUCAAAAUUUGUCAAUUUCUGCAUGUAUUUAUAAAGAAAGAGGAAUUACCAUGUUACUCAAAUCAAAUGUAUAGGAUUUUUUUUUUUAUAA